CGUCUCCACAUGAAGCCAUCCGCACAGGCUGGUUUGUUUGGCUGUUCCUUGGAGUUGCAGUCCCUGAGCCCUGUCCGGGCCCAGUCGUCCACCGUCCCCUCAUCCCAGUCGUCCCAGCUUGCCCCUCCACCGCCCGCCCGACCAACUAUUCCAUGGCGCCGUUUAAAAGGCGGGCGCUCCCAGCCCGUCUGCCUCACCCCCGCAGCCCUGGCCCUGCCCGAACCUCACCUCCCUCGCUGAACCCCCCCUCGUGACAACACACACCCCCGGGCCCCCCCCUCCUAGCCCACGUCACGCCCGUCAUGGCCAAACCAAGCUCGAGCUCAAGCUCCAAACGGAGCAGCAAGUCGUCGGCGUCGGCGUCGGGCAGCGGCGACGGCGCCGCCGCCCCCGCGGACCGCCAGCCCUUUGAGCUGAUCCGCCGCGGCGUCAAGAAGCCGUCGCCCGCCGGCACGGCCCUCUUCAUCGCCCUGCGCGCCCUCGACGUGCCGCUGCAGUACCAGCUCGUGUCGGGCGCCUGGUCCGUCCCGCUGCUGGGCCGCCUCGGGCUCGCCGCCGCCCGCCCCGUCGUCACCACGGUCGCCCACACGGGCGUCGCCGCCAUCGACCGCCUGCGCCUCAGCCGCCCGGGACUGGUGCUGCUGGUCAUGGCGGCCGGCUCGGCCGCCAAGCACGCCCUCUGGGUCGGCUUCAUCUCGCUCGAGGAGUUCCGCCCGCCCGCCGCCGCCGUCGUGGCCGGCUUCAACAGCUUCUUCAACAGCGUCAACUCGCUGCUGCUCGUCGCCGCCGUCACCUCCACCUCGGUCUCGGGCCCCUUCGUCCCCGUCAACCACCCCAAGCUCGGCGGCAAGUUCUACGUGCCCGUCCAGCUCGCCGUCGGCCUCGGCCUGUACGUGGUCGGCAUGGGCCUCGAGCUGGUCUCGGAGGUGCAGCGCCGCCGCUUCAAGUCCAAGCCCGAGAACAAGGGCCGCAUCUGCCGCAAGGGCCUGUGGGGCGUCGCCCGCCACAUCAACUACACCGGCUACGCCCUGUGGCGCACCGGCUUCACCCUCGCCGCUGGCGGCUGGAUCCCCGGCGCCGUCGCGGCCCUCUUCAACGCCUGGUCCUUUGUCGCCAGGAGCACCCCCGAGCUGGAGGCCUACAUGAGCCGCAAGUACCGCGACUCGUGGUCCAAAUACAAGAGGGACGUCAAGUGGCUGCUGCUGCCCGGCAUCUACUAAGAGCCGAGCCGGCCUGCUCGUCUGCCUACCUAGCCCUCGCCAUGAUUACACGAUUGACGUUGGAAACUCUCACCUCGGACCUUAUGCAUGGAACUAAAAUGGAAGGAUUGGUUGUGUGCAGCAUGUGCUAUAUGCACAGAAAUCUCUUUUCCAAGCCGCGGCCUGUCUAGCCGCAUGGACGGCUCGCCGAACCCCGGCCACGGCCCCGGGUUCAUAUCCCUCCUGAGCCGACUGUUCCCGGCUCGGGCAGUUGUCAAGUCAAAGGCUACAUGGAGAUGGAUCAAAGAAAGUAAAACAAGAAAAUAACAUCAAUGUUUCAGCUUAUCCAGUUCUUCAUGCUUGGCAAUGCUCAGCCGCAUGAGGAAUGGUGGUCGUGACGGUAGUGAAUCCUACUACAAGGGCUACCUGGGUAUACCCAACAUCGCCCCCACACAUGAGAGCGAACUGCUUCUAUUCGCAAGUCUGCUUCUGCCUGCGGGGUCUACUUCUUGAUAUCCUAGAAACAAACAGGUCCAACAUGCCGAAUACAGCAAACAUCCGAGGGUAUUAGAGCGGGCUUGCCAAUCGACGACCAAAAAAAUGAUGCGUCGUAACAAUGAAC